AUGUUAUCGAGUAUAACUUUCGCUGUUCUACUGUUUUUAGUGAAUACUGCUCAUAGUUUAGUCGUAUGUCCAACUUUGAAAAAUGCUGCUAAUUUUACUGUAGUUGCUGCUAGUUCAAUAAGUAAUACAGGACUCACCAUCAUUAAUGGUAGUGUAGCUAUGAGUCCAAGCGUUGCAUUAACUGGCUUUAAUCCGUCGGGUACAAUCAAUGGUGGUCUUGAACUAGGUACUGGUGUUGCAUUACAAGCGCAACAAGAUGCCACCACGGCGUACAAUAAUCUCAGAGACAUUACAAACUCUACACAAAUGACUGGUGUUGAUCUGUCAGGUAGGUCACUUCCACCGGGCGUCUAUAAAUUCGAUUCGACUGCUGGAAUCAGUACACCGGCAGGCACCUUGAUACUAAACGGAACUGGUAUCUAUAUAUUUCAGAUUGGUAGUGCUCUUACAACGUCUGCUAAUAGCGAAGUUCGACUAAUCAAUGGUGCCAGGGCUGGUUGUGUAUUCUGGCAAAUAGGUAGCAGUGCUACGCUUGGUCAAUAUAGUGUCUUUGUCGGCAAUAUUCUCGCUUAUGCAUCUGUUGGAUUAUCGAUCAACGUAACUUAUUAUGGUCGUAUCUAUGCCCAAACAGCAGCCGUUACAUUGAACAGCGAUACUAUCAUCGGUCAACCGAGUUGUGAUGUGUGCCAAACUAUCUCUAACUCGGUGCAAGGUACACUCAACCGUAAUCUACCUGAAAACAGUACAUUAUAUAUUUUUAUCAUGUUUGUCCUUCUUUUAAUUAAAUAA